AUGGCCUCGUCGUCGUCAAAUGUCGUCGGGGUACACUAUCGUGUCGGGAAGAAAAUAGGCGAGGGUUCUUUUGGCGUCAUUUUUGAAGGCACCAACCUCCUCAACAACCAGCAAGUCGCCAUCAAAUUCGAACCGAGAAAGAGUGAUGCCCCUCAGCUGCGCGAUGAAUAUAGGACCUACAAGAUCCUGGUCGGCUGUCCUGGCAUCCCCAAUGUCUACUACUUUGGCCAAGAGGGUCUACACAAUAUUCUUGUGAUCGAUCUACUCGGGCCGAGUUUGGAAGAUCUUUUCGACCACUGCAACCGACGCUUCUCAAUCAAAACAGUGGUAAUGGUCGCUAAACAGAUGCUGUCAAGAGUGCAGACGAUCCACGAGAAGAAUCUAAUCUACCGCGACAUCAAACCUGACAACUUCCUCAUUGGCCGUCCUGGCACAAAGGCUGCAAACGUCAUUCACGUCGUAGACUUUGGGAUGGCCAAACAAUACCGAGAUCCCAAGACCAAGCAACAUAUCCCUUACCGUGAGCGAAAAUCACUGUCAGGCACAGCGCGUUAUAUGAGUAUCAAUACACAUUUGGGACGAGAACAGUCACGAAGAGACGACUUGGAAGCUCUUGGGCAUGUUUUCAUGUACUUCUUGAGAGGUGGUUUGCCAUGGCAGGGUUUGAAGGCUGCCACCAACAAACAAAAAUACGAGAAGAUUGGUGAGAAGAAGCAAACAACAGCCAUCAAGGACCUGUGCGAAGGCUUUCCGGAGGAGUUUAACAAAUAUCUCAGCUACGUCCGUAAUUUGGGCUUUGAGGACACUCCGGACUACGACUUCCUACGAGACUUGUUCACUCAGGCGUUGAAAAACACAGGCGAGGUGGAGGAUGGUGAAUAUGACUGGAUGAAGUUGAAUGGCGGUCGUGGCUGGGAAGCCGUCAAACAACAUCCAUCACAACUUCACCUACAUAACGCCAAUCCACCAGCUGAUGCCUCUGCUCGCGCCUUGCAUGGGGCAUCUGGUGUCCGAGGUUCAGAAGCACAACGGCCAUCGCGAGACCGAGCAGCAAUAUCGGCCGACCGUUUAAACGCAGCGCAGCCCCCUCCUCCCGGGUCACCAGCGAAGCCGGGAGUAGCGGCCAUGGGGAAGAGCGCUCGAGACCGCACAAGCGGCGCCGCCGGGGGCAAUCUGCCGAAGAGAAGUAGCGGGCUGGCCGGACAACUGGACAUGAAUACACCUCCAGCGAGCACACAGGCUCAGUUCCAAAACAGCAACGCCAAUCUGGUGAAUCAGCAGGCCAGAAUCAGUCCUGCCACUGGGGCCUUGCAGAACAACCAGGGCCGGCCCACGCAGCAGCAGGAACAGCAGUCUGGGUUCUUCCAGAAGAUGAUGAAGGUGCUAUGUUGUGGUAUGCUUCUCAGGCACUUUUAUCUGCCUCGGAUUGAUAACUGA